CUUCGUUUAAAUGUGAAUCCUAAACCCAACUUUGAUUCUCGCACCUUCAAUCUCUCACAAAUGGAGAGACGCAUGAAAUUUAGUUUCUCUCUCUAUUUGACUCUCUCUCUCAUCAACCUCGCAAUCGCGGCCUCCUUCUCUCCGAUCGACCACUACCUCAUCGACUGUGGCUCAACUGAAUCCACCACCGUUGACGUCGACAACCGCCGUUUCGCCGGCGAUUCGUCCGAUUCAGGCUCACACUUUCUCUCCGCAGCUCGAACGAUCUCACACAGGGACUGGAAUCCACUUCCGAAUUCGUCCCCAAUUUACCACACAGCUAGGGUUUUCACAAGGCCUUCAAAGUACGUGUUUGAGAUCAGAGACAAAGGAACCCACUUGGUACGUGUUCAUUUUCACCGAUUCCAUUCGUCGAAUUUCGAAUUAUGUAGGUCUCAAUUUCAUGUUUUGGUUAAUGGGUACGUGCUAUUGAAUAAUUUUACUGUUGAGAACACGCCAAACCCUAUAAUUAAGGACUAUAUGAUUUGGGUUGAUAGUGAAAAGCUUGAAAUUAAGUUUUUGCCAUCAAAAAGAUCGAAAAUUGCGUUUGUCAAUGCGAUUGAAGUGAUUUCUGCACCAAAAGAUUUGAUUGCCGAUGUUGCACAGUUUGUGGGUUCUGAGAAAAUUGAGAAAAUUAAUGGGCUGAUGAAGAAUUCAUUUGAAACCGUACACAGGGUUAAUGUGGGUGGUCCCAAAGUGACCCCAUUUAAUGAUUCCUUGUGGAGGACUUGGGUUCCUGAUGAUGAGUUCUUGAAAUUUAGUGAUGGGUCAAACAAAGUUUACUUUAGUGGUCGGAUAAAGUACCAAAUGGGGGGGGCAAGUCGUGAAGUUGGGCCAGAUAAUGUUUACAAUAGUGCACGAUUGAUUCAGAGUUUGAAUGAUUCGAUUCCGGACUUGAAUAUUACAUGGUCGUUUCCUGUGAUAGAGGGUUAUAAGUAUCUUGUUCGAUUACAUUUCUGUGAUAUUGCUAGCAUUUCACUUGGUCUGCUGUAUUUUAAUGUUUAUGUGAAUGGGAAAUUGGUUGUUGAAAAUUUGGAUCUCACCUACCAAACGAACCAAAUGCUGGCUUCUCCUUUCUAUGCUGAUUUUGUGGUUCAUGGUGAAAGCUCUGGGAUUUUAUCAGUAAGUGUGGGACCUUCUAAUGAGAGCAUGUCACAUAGUGUUGAUGCUAUUCUCAAUGGGGUUGAGAUCAUGAAGAUGAAUAAUUUGAAGGGCAGUCUUGAUGGAGAGGUCUCAGCAGAGUCAAUACUGAAGAGUCGGCCUAGAAGAAAUAUUGGGGUUUUAGUGCCUUUGAUUGCUGGCAUGUGUUUGGUGCUAGCUGCAUCCGUGGUCAUGCGAAGGAGAAUGAUUGGGGUUAAAGAUUCUGUGGCAUGGUCGCCAUUACCUGUUGAUCUCUCCAAAGUAAAUUUGAAGAAUGGGAAUCAACUGUCAUUAGGUAAAGUGUGAUACUUCUGAAGUAUUAAUGGCUUCUUGUAAGAUAUAAGUUGAGCGUCAUCAGAGGAAGGAUGCGUUGUAGCCUUUUGUAGUAUGUGUGAUUGAUGAUCAUGAUUACUAUGUAUUUCAAGCCUCUAAAGAAGAUUGGAAACUAUAUUUUUCACCUAUCGUAAGUUUUACUGUUGGAUUUUAGUUUGAUCCACAAAUACUGUCCUGCAUCUUUCCCCUUCCCCGGUUGUUAAUAUACAUUUCUAUUAAUGCUGAA